AUAUCAGAAUAUUUGAUUCUCAUGAUAUCCUUGGUGGUAACGGAUGAAAACAAACUAAGUGACAGCAUUCUAGCAGUAUUAGAUGAGAAACUUUAAAUUUUUACCUCACUAAAGCCUUGCGGAACGGGUGGGGAUUGGUUUGGCGUGCUCGAUCCAAUUGGAAACCGUCAUUUAUGAAACAAAAAUGACUUUGAUCCAACUGGAAACGAGUCCUCGCAGGUGUGAGGCGCCUUUAACUUCUUAAUCACAAAUCACAAAUCACAUUGCAUGCAUUUCAAGCUGGUUCGCUUUGUUUUCCUCAAUCUUGUUGGGUGUCUUUCUGUAGAAACAUGGGAAGACUUUUCUUGAUCGAUCUUGAACGAGACUUCUACAGCUGCAAGCAUUGCCAGACGCCUUUUGCCCUUGCUGAACAUCUCAUUUCAAGGGCUUUUUAUUGCCCUUAUGGACAGGCUUAUCGUUUUGAUAAAGUUGUGAAUGUUUCAUUCGGAGAGAGAGAAGAACAGAUAAUCAUCCCAGGAUUGUGUUCUACAACCAUCGACAUAUACUGCGUUAAAUGCGGGUCCAUUCUUGGAUGGAAAUAUGAGUCUGAUCACGUAGAGAAUCAAGGGUACAGAUACAGGCUUGUCAUUGCAAGGUCAAAGAUAUUGGGGCCUGGUGAAGACCCGAACGUACCACCUCUUGAAGAUGCUUGAUUACUUGAGGCCUAUUUUGAAUUAUACCUUCUAGAUGCUUGAUCAUGUAGUUAAAAUGCAGUAUAUCAGUAAAUAGAUACUUUACAAGUCUGUUAUUUUAGAAUUGGUAUAUAUGCAAUACCAUUCAUAGAACUUUAAAGAGUUACUUGAAUUGUAAUCGGCAUUUGUUUUUGGAUUA